AUGUCUCUCCUCCGCUCCCCGGCCCUGACCAACCUCCUCGGCCUCGCCAACUUGUCCGCCCUGGGUGCGGCGACGCUCUACCUCAGGUCGCUGCACGCCAAGAACCUCGAGGAGCACGCCGAGCACGAGGCCCGCAUGGACGGGCUCGAGGGGACGCUGCGCGGCCACAUAGGGCUCAUCGAGGACUCGCUCGAGCGCCUCGAGGGCCAGAAGAUGAAGGGGAUGAGCGAGAAGGCCCAGAGGCUCUACAUGGCGCGCGGUAGGGAGGACAGUGGCGAGGGAGGGCCGUAG